UGACCCGAGGGGCCGCCAUGGUGGACUACUACGAAGCGCUGGGGGUGAGCCGCGACGCCAGCGCCGACGACAUCAAGAAGGCGUACAGGAAGGCAGCGCUGAAAUGGCACCCAGAUAAAAACCCUGACAACAAGGAGUACGCCGAGCAGAGGUUCAAGGAGAUCGCCGAGGCCUACGAAGUGCUCUCGGACAAGCAGAAGCGGGAUGUGUAUGACCGCUACGGCAARGAGGGCCUCAUGGGAGCAGGGCCAGGAGGGUCCAGGGCCGGUGCCGGAGCUCCCGAAUUCACCUUCACCUUCCGCAGCGCUCACGAUGUCUUCCGGGAGUUCUUCGGCGGGCGAGACCCGUUUGCCGACUUCUUCGAUGAGAUGUUGCCCUUCUCUGACCUGCGAGGGCCUGCUGCCCGGCACCAUGGAGCAGGCCACUUCUUUUCUCCCUUCCCAGGAUCCUCAGAUUUCUUCUCCUCGUCCUUUGGCUCUGGAGCUGACGCAGGCCUGGGCUUCCGCUCCGUCUCCACCUCCACCACCUUCGUCAACGGCAAGCGUGUCACCACAAAGAGGAUUAUCGAGAACGGGCAGGAGCGGGUGGAAGUGGAGGAGGACGGGGAGCUGAAGUCGAUCCACAUCAAUGGCGUCCCCGACGACAUGGCGCUGGGGCUGGAGCUGAGCCGGCGCGAGCAGCAAGCCCUGCAGAGCCGGCGGCCGCCCCCGUCGCCCGCAGCGCCGCGCGCCCACAGCUCCUCGCCCGUCUGCCUCUACACGGACAGCGAGGACGAGGACGAGGACUUGCAGCUGGCCAUGGCCUACAGCCUCUCGGAGAUGGAGGCGGCGGGGCACCACCGAGCAGGUGUGUUCUGAGGCUGCUGCRCCCGGGGGAGCCGCGCACGCCCGCUCGCCCACGGAGCCUCUCCGAGCCAGGACUCCGCUUUGCCCCUGCA